GGUAAUUAAUUAGUUUUGGUUUGUUAUUUGGAGAUAUUAGUAUAAAUAGUUUGUGUUGGGACUAAUAGAGCAUCAGUCUCGCAUCAGUUGUUGAGAAGAUAACUAAAAAUGUUCACUAAAGUGUUGCUGGUCUGUGCCGUCGCCGCCGUAGCGGCAGGCAUCGAGUACCCACCGGGCAUCAACCCGGCCCUCUGCCCGAACUACCCGAACUGCGACAUGGAGCUCCUAGCUCGCUACGCCCCGCAGCCCCUCCCCAUCCCUGAGUUCGAGUUCCCGUACGCCCGGAUGGUGUAUGCUGCCCCUUAUCCUAUUGCUGCCCCGAUCCCAGCUCCAAUUCCUGUUCCUGUCGCCGCUCCUAUUACUGAAAAAACCACCGCUCCGCUGUACCCCGCCGACGUUGACCCCGCUUCGUGCCCCAACUACCCGUACUGCGCGUAAUUUUACUGUGACAUAUUCCGCGCUAACAUCCGAUCA